GAUGCGAUGGACUUCAAGAAAGUUAACCUGGACUUCGUGCCGUUUGGAUUUGCUUCACACAAGGAAUUACCGGAAGGCAAGAAUGAGUGGAAAUGUCAACACGGAGAGCCAGAAUGCCAUGGUAACCGAAUGCUGGCAUGUGCUGUGCAUGUGUUGACUCCGGAGAGAUCCCCGGUAAAGCCAAAGCCUGAAGACGAAUUUCCGGGACACUUGAAAGAAGCCAGACCUAGAGGACAGAACCUUCUCCUGCAGUACAUGAUCUGCGUCAUGUCCUCAGGGAAUCCC